AUGAAGCAUUUGCCAAGAGCACCUUGUUUUGGUGGUGGAGCUGGUGGAGAAAAGGUUUGCAUUUGGGUUUAUGUGUUGCAGAAAAUCUUACAGGCAGAGGAACACCCACUUGGAAUUAAAACUCUUCUGGAAGUGAGAGGAAACCAGAAGAUGGAUUUGUCCUUGUUCUGUGGUAGAAGUCAGUGUGGAAGAGGAAACACCUUGAGGUGGGAAGAGGAUGAAGAGGAAAGAAACAGGAUGCAGGUGAAAGGAGCCUUAAGAAUGAAGGAGGAGGAGGAGAUCAGUGAGCCUGGAGAACUGUCUGGACAGUUUGUGAAUGUCACGUCCAUCUCGGUGCCUCACAACAAGGGGACCCAGUUUGAGGCAUGGCAGUAUUUCCAUCUUGCUUGCUCUCACACUGGGCAGCACCCCAACUAGGAUGCUACCUGCAGCUUGCUAAGUAUGAGCAGUGGGCCAGGGGUGAAUGUAGGCACCACUGCUCUUUGGAAGCAUCUGAAAAGCAUGCACAGAGAAGGGCUGGUGAAGAGUGGUUACAGCCCUGCAGGGAAGCACCAGGACCCAUGGCCCCAGGAAACCCAUCUCCCUCUGCACAUUGAGGGUGACUGGGGCAGGCUCCUGGAGCAAGCGAGUGCCCUGGCAGCAUGGGAAAGCCAGCGGAAAAAGCAGGUGCUGAGGAAGGAGAGGACAGUGGGACGGCAAGAGAGGGCUGUGGAGAGGAGGGAGCUCCUGGAAGAAAUGGAAAGGGCCAUCUCGGAGACAAAGAGGAAGGUGAGGGCUGAGAAGGUGGGUUGUGAUGUCCCUUGCUGCACCCUCUCCAUCCAGGCAGAAAACCCAGGUGCUCUCCAGCGCAAACCACCAGGGCUGAGCGUCACACACCUGGGCAUUUGUCAUAGCCACUUUGUGCCACAGAAGAAGAGAAUUUUAGGACUACAGAUGAAGAUCACACCUUCUGACAGUCCUAAGUCAAAGUAA